AUGCUUUAUCUACGAUUCCCUAAACGAGUCAUACCCUAUCGAAGUAACAGCCCGUUAAUAAAAAAGACUCCUGUCAGGGCUGCCUUUGUUAUUUUGGCAAGAAACUCAGACCUGACUGGUGUCAGACACUCGAUGCGUCAGAUAGAGGAUAGGUUUAAUAGAAACUUCAAUUAUCCCUAUGUGUUUUUAAACGACAAUGAUUUCACUGACGAAUUUAAGCAAAAGACAUCUCAUCUGACAAAGGCACAGGUGUAUUAUGGUAAAAUCGAGCCAGAACAGUGGAGCUAUCCCGACUUUAUCAAUCAGACCAAAGCUGCAGAGGGUAGAAAGAAAUUGGAAGAAAUGGAAAUUCUCUAUGGGGGAAGUGAGUCCUACAGGCAUAUGUGUCGGUAUCAAUCCGGUUUCUUCUUUAGGCAUCCUCUUUUGGACUCGUUUGAGUAUUACUGGCGAGUGGAGCCAGAGGUUGAUUUUUAUUGUGACAUCGAUUAUGAUGUAUUUCAGAUGAUGAAGGAUAACGAAUUUAAAUAUGGAUGGGUCAUGUCUUUAAGCGAGUAUAUUGAAACAGUUCCUACACUUUGGGAUACGACUCAACAAUUUAUGGAGAAACAUCCUGAAUAUAUAGAAAGAGGCAAUGAUAGUCUAUUAUCAUGGGUUAUUGGAGAUGAUGGAUCAUAUAAUCUCUGCCAUUUCUGGUCAAACUUUGAGAUUGCCUCGUUGGACUUUUUAAGAAGUAAAAAGUAUUUAGAUUAUUUUGAACAUCUUGAUCAACAAGGAGGCUUCUUUUAUGAAAGAUGGGGAGAUGCUCCUGUUCAUUCUUUAGCUGUAGCCAUGAUGCUAAAGUCAUCUGAAGUACACUUCUUUAAUGAUAUUGGCUAUAAACACAUACCUUUGACUCACUGUCCUAUUGAACCAUGGCAUCAAAGGAAGUGUUCUUGUGAUGAAGAAGAAAAUUUUGAUUGGACUGACUGGAGUUGUACGUCACGCUAUGCUCAAGUACACAGCGGAUUCAUCUGGAACGAAACAACCUAUAGGCAAAUGACAGAUCCAUACCGAUUAAGCCCUGUGUAA